AUGGCAGACGAGCAGAUCUCGCUCCCCUCGCUGAUCCUCAUCCUGGCCAUCUCGGGCCUGGCGAUCCGGUACUUCUUCUUCUCCGGCUCGACCGCCGCCGCCGCCGCCGGUGGGCGACAGGGCGGCCCGCGCGAUGCCGCCGCCGCGUCUAGGGCCCGCGAGGCCGCCGUCGAGCGCAUACAGCAGAUGUUCCCCCAGGUCGACCGCCGGACGGUACUGUGGGAUCUGCAGCGCACCGGCGGCAGCAUCUCGGCCACCACGGAGCGCAUCCUGUCCGGCCGCAUAGACACCCCACCCGUAACCUUCCAGCCGCCGCCGCCGCCCGCCUCGCCCACGCCGUCGGCAGCGCAGACCCCGGCGCAGAAGGCGCCCUCGAAACCGGCCGAGCCGGACCUGAUCACGCGGUACAACCUGCAGAACAAGGUUGCAUCAAGCAGCGGAGACGAGGAGGGCACCGCGGCCUCCGCGGCUGGCAAGAAGGGCUGGAGCUCCAACCGGGACGACCGGCAGAGCGCGCUGCAGAAGCGGCGGGACGAGAUGAUCCUGGCGGCCCGCAAGAAGAUGGAGGCCAAGAUCCAGGCCGAGAAGGCCGCAAGCGGGAGCUCGUGA